CCUGCACAGCACGCUGCACCAUGGGGCCACGGGCAAAGACAGCUCCUUUGGAUGGGAGAUGAUGAAUGACCAUGAAGAAACCUCCACUGACAGCUGCAUGAAAAAGGUGGUCGAUGACAUGGGAAACGUCAAAUUUGCGCUGGACACAGGCCCGGAUGCCACCGGCCCCAGCUGGCUCAAAUACGUCCGCUGUGCCCCGUCAUUCGAGGAGCAGAACCUCGCAGCCUGUCACCUCACCGGAGACCAGAUUUAUUAUAAAGCGGUGCGGGACAUUGACGCAGGGGAGGAGCUUUUAGUGUAUAUGAAGGACGGUAUUUUCCCCGAGGGAUCCAUGGCACCCAACCUACAAGACGAGCAGAUGUACCGCUGUGAAGACUGUGAUGAGCUGUUCUCCUCAACACUUGAGCUACGGCGGCACCAGAAGUAUUCGUGCACCAGCGCAGGCUCUCUCUUCGACUCACUGAGUGAGGACUUCAAACAGGAGCGCGAGGACAGCGACGAGCCCGUCCACGAAUGUAAAGACUGCGAGAAGAUCUUCCCAAACGAGUACAGUCUGGGCCAACACAUGAUAGUCCACACAGAGGAGAGGGAAUACAAGUGUGACCAGUGUCCAAAAGCCUUUAACUGGAAGUCCAACCUCAUCCGUCACCAGAUGUCACAUGACAGUGGCAAGCGCUUUGAGUGUGAAAACUGUGAUAAGGUACAGCAUACCCGGCACGUGUUCACAGAUCCCAGCAACCUCCAGCGCCACAUCCGCUCCCAGCACGUGGGCGCACGCGCUCACACGUGUCCAGAGUGUGGCAAGACCUUCGCCACCUCGUCAGGCCUCAAGCAGCAUAAGCACAUCCACAGCAGUGUCAAACCCUUUAUCUGCCCUGAUGGGCUGUGUCUUUUUGCUCCCCCAGGCGAAGUGUGCCACAAAUCCUACACCCAGUUCUCUAACCUCUGCCGCCACAAGCGCAUGCAUGCUGACUGCCGCACCCAGAUCAAGUGUAAGGACUGUGGGCAGUUGUUCAGCACUACCUCCUCCCUCAACAAGCACCGUCGCUUCUGUGAGGGCAAAAAUCAUUAUGGCUCUCCUGGAGGGAUGUUCAACCCUGGCAUCCCCAUGAGCUCCAGCCCCAUCAUGGCUAAGGCCAAGUCCCAUCAUCACCACCUUACAGCUCUUAACCAGUCAGGGUUAGGAUUCACUGACUACUUUCCCUCCCGACCUCACCCUCAUGCUGGCUUGCCCUUCUCCCCAGGACCCCAUGGCUUCCCAUCCCUUACCCAUGGUUUCCCAGGUAUCUUCCCACAUUCACUGUAUCCCCGACCACCUUUAUUGCCGGCUAGUCCGUUGAUAAAGAGCCCGCCAGGCAGCAGCAGUCAGGAGGUGAAGCUUCCUCGGAGUCCCCUACAUUUACCUCCACUGUCCCUGGUUAGCUCGACAAACAGCAAUGGACGCAACAGUUUGAGUCAGAUGGAAGACAAAGAGAAAGAGAGCAAACUGGAUUUGUCCUCUAGUGGAGAAGCAAAGUCAAAAUCUAAGAUGGCGGACAUGUCGGACGGAAGUGAUCUUGAAGACGUUAAUACCACAAGUGGGACAGAUUUGGACACCACCACUGGUACUGCUUCAGGUGAUGGUUCUGACCUGGAGAGUGACGGCGAGAGUGAACGCGAGCGAAGUGGCAAAAGAAGGAAGCCAUCUGGGGCCAUGUCAAGUCAAGAAGGCCACCAGUCAGAAGACACGAACAGUGCGUUGAUAUCAGCCAUGUCUAGUUCGGGGAAUCUCGGGCUUGAUCGCCCAUUUCUCUCUUCUGUAUCGUCCCAUCACUCCUUCUUCCCUCCGCCUGAUGAGCAAGCCCUCCUACCCAAUACCAUGAAUGCCAAUGCAGCCACCACAGAUUCCAUCAAAGCCAUUGCUUCUAUUGCGGAGAAAUAUUUUGGUCCAGGUUUGAUUGGUCUUCAUCAGGAGAAGAAGAUGGGUCCAUUGCCGUACCAUUCCAUGUUUCCCUUCCAGUUCCUGCCCAACUUUCACAACUCCCUCUAUCCCUUCAGUGCUGAUCGAGGUGUCCUCAACCCCAGUAUGUUCUUCAAGGCGGAGCCCAAGUCACCUCGAGAGCAGCUUCAUAAGAUAGUUUCUGGUGCCCCAAGCGCCCCUGCUCCCACAGUGGAGUCACCAUUUGAUCUCACCACAAAACCCAAGGAGACCAAGUUAUCUCAUCCCAGCUCGACAAACCCCUCACACCCCAACAGUAGCACUGGGAGCAGUAGUGGACCUUUAGUGAUAUCCGGCGGUGAAGAACAGCCAUUGGACCUCAGCAUUGGCAGCCGGAGCCGAGGUGGUCAUAAUGGCGUGGCAGCUGAGCCACACAAUCGAAAGAACCACAUGUAUGGAGUCCUAUCGGGGAUCUCCAUCAAGGAUGAAACACCAGCUGGGUUCCCCCACUCCCAGUCAUUGCACCAAUCCUCCAUCUCCCAGCACCAGCAGCACCAGGCCCAGCAACAUCAGCCACCACCCCUGCACUACGCCAAGCCCUCGGCAUUCUUCAUGGACCCCAUAUACAGCAGGGUGGAAAAGAGGAAGCUACUUGACCCCGUUGGAGCUUUGAAGGAGAAGUUCCUCAGGCCCUCACCGCCACUCUUCCACCCACAGAUGUCAGCCAUGGAGACCAUGACAGAGAAGCUGGAGAGCUUUGGCGCUCUAAAGCUUGAUGCACCCAAUUCACUGCAACACUCAGCUCAUCCACUGUUCAACUUCCGCUCACCACCACCCUCCCUCUCAGAGGCCAUCCUCCGCAAGGGCAAGGAGCGCUACGCCUGCAGGUACUGUGGGAAAAUCUUUCCUCGUUCAGCAAACCUCACCAGACACUUGCGGACACACACAGGGGAACAACCCUACAGGUGUAAAUACUGUGACCGCUCAUUCAGCAUCUCGUCCAAUCUUCAACGCCACGUUCGCAACAUCCACAACAAGGAGAAACCCUUCAAGUGUCACUUGUGCAACCGCUGCUUUGGUCAGCAAACCAACCUCGACCGCCAUCUCAAGAAGCACGAGCACGAGAACAUUCCUGUGAGCCAACAGUCCGGGAUGCUUUCCAACCUAGGAACCACGAUCUCCUCGCCAAACUCCGAGCCAGACAAUCAUGCACUUUUAGACGAGAAGGAGGACUCAUACUUCUCAGAAAUCCGCAACUUUAUUUCCAACAGUGAGAUGAACCAGGCCUCCAGCUCCAUGGAUAAGAGAUCAGACCAGGCUGAGGAAGAGCGCCCGCCAAGCCACAGUUUGUCCAACUCCAAGCUCGGGCUCCAGGGGCUGGAGGAAGAGGAGGAGGAAGUGGAAGGCGAUGAUGAGGAGGAGGAGGAAGGCAGCCUGACAGAGAAGUCUCACGACGAGGCGCCCGAGUCACCGUCCCCCGUCACAACAGGAGUGUAUGAAGAGGAGGAGGAAGACGAGGAGACGGAGACAGCUCCACUGGCUAUGAGCUAUGAACACACUCGCAGGCUUAUGCAAUGAUGCUGUCUCUCUCGGAGAACAACCCUUUGCACGCGCCCUCCCAGAACUCUCUGGACGCUUGGCUGAGCAUGGGAGGUGGACCGUCUGAGACGAGCAGCUUUCACCCGCUCAACCACAUCUAGACCAGAGAACGAGAGAGAGAGGAGCGGCGGGAGCGAGAGUGGGAGGAACAUUCAGUUUCGUAAAUGGACGGAAAACAAGGGACUGAGUGGACGUGGAGGCCCUGAGAAGAAUUCAAUGUCAUAUACAUUCAAAAUAGAAAAAAUGUGUUUGUGUGUGUGUGUGUGUGUGUGUGUGUGUGUGUGUGUGUGUGUGUGUGUGUGUGUGUGUGUGUGUGUGUGUGUGUGUGUGUGUGUGUGUGUGUGUGUGAAUGUGUGUGAAAAAGAGAGAGGGGGUUGAGAUUGGCCCUGGGUGAGGGGUCUCACAAGACUCUGUCAUAGAGAAAGCACUGCGAAGCUCCUGUUGAUGUGAAGGACAUGAUGAAUGCUUCUCAACAGCAUUGAAACUCUGACCUCUUACCCGAUCCUCCCCAAGUCCACGAGGCUCACUCCGGCAGAGACGCUGCUCGAGGCUCUCGUAAAGACACUUAACGACUAGUAAGUCUCUAAAGUCUGCUACUACAAGCACUGCAGCAUCAGCACUGCAUUAGCACUGCAUGUCCACAGGGUGGUGCUGUUUACCGGGAACAUAGUGGGCGCGUGCACUAUUGUCUCCAGGUUCCCCCACCCCCCCAAC